GUCAACAGGCUGCGCCGCGAUCCUGCCUCUCUGAUACGGCUGAAGAACGGUUUGUUUUUAAGUCCUUAAAUCAGACAAUAUUAUAGGUUUCAUAUGCGAUGUAAAAUGAAUAGGAUAUUACUGAAUGUACCAUUGUAAUGGUAAUUCUACCGUUUAUUAGCAUUUGAAGCGCAUCCCACAUGUGUAACAGCAAAGUGUCCAAACACACAGAAAAACUCCUGGGGAAUCAACUGAGAUCCACGUGACACACUAUUAUAAAAAUGGCGUUUAUUAAAGAGGAGAUCGAAGAGAUCAGGAUUGAAGAAGGAUUUGGAGUAAAACAUGAAGAUACUGAGGAACAAACAGACCCGGUGGCACUGAAAGAGGAAUGUCAAGAACUGGAUGAAAUGGAAGAGACAAAUCAAUAUGAAAAACAUCAUGAUUUUAUGACUGGAGAAAUAUCCACACAGACUGAAAUGACUUCCCCACAAAAAGCUCAGAAGACUGAAUCUAACAGUUAUUUCACCUGCCGUUACUGUGAAAAGAGUUUCAAUCAAAAACAAAACCUUGAAGUCCACAUGAGAAUUCACACUGGAGAGAAGCCUUUCACCUGCCAGCAGUGUGGGAAAAGUUUCACUCAAAAACAAAACCUUAAAGUCCACAUAAGAGUUCACACUGGAGAGAAGCCUUACACCUGCCAACAGUGUGGGCAGAGUUUUACACAUAAAGGAAACCUUAAUACACACAUGAGAAGUCACACUGGAGAGAGCUCUUUCACCUGCCAGCUGUGUGGGAAGAGCUUCUCACGAAAAGAAAGUCUUCAGACUCACAUGAGGAUUCACACUGGAGAGAAGCCGUUCAUAUGUGGUCAGUGUGGGAAGAGUUUCAGAUGUAAAGUAAACCUUAAUUGCCACAUGAGGAUUCACUCAAGAGAGAAAAGUUUAAUAUGUCAUCAGUGUGGAAUAAGUUUCGCAGACAGCAAUCACCUUAAGAAUCAUGUAAUAACUCACAUUGGAGAGAAGCCUUUUAUGUGCCAUCACUGUGGAAAGACUUGCUCAAACAAGGCUAUCCUUGAGGUUCACAUAAGAGUUCACACUGGAGAAAGACCUUUCAGCUGCCCUCAGUGUGGAAAGAGUUUCACACUCAAAGGAAACCUUAAUAUUCACAUGAGGCUUCAUACUGGAGAGAGGCCUUUCACGUGUCUUCAAUGUGAAACAAGUUUCAUAUUUCACACGGACCUGAAACGUCAUUUGCAAUCUCAUUCUGAAAAUAAAUUCUAGUGUUCCUCAGUGUGACGAGGUUUACAAAGAGAACAGAUUCAAAAAUCUGUUGUGAUAAUAGAUGUGAGAUCUUAUUUGUGUUCUUUGUGUUGAAAGAGAUUUAACUGGAUUGAUAAUUUAAAAUGGCAUCAGAAAUUAUGAAUCGUUAAAGUAAUUUAGAUUGUAUAAAGGUGUAACUAAUAUAUGUGACCCUGGACCACAAAGCCAGACAUAAGUCGCACAGGUAUAUUUGUAGCAAUAGCCAACAAUACAUUGUAUGGGUCAAAAUGACUGAUUUCUCUUUUAUGCCAAAAAUCAUUAGGAUAUUAAGUAAAGAUCAUGUUCCAUGAAGAUAUUUUGUAAAAGAAAUGAAAAUUUAUUGUUGUGAGUGGAUAUGCAUUGUUAAGGACUUUAUUUGGACAACCUUAAAGGCGAUUUUCUCAAUGUUUUGAUUUUUUCUGCACCCUUCCAGAUUUUCAAAUAGUUGUAUCUCGGUCAAAUAUUGUCCUAUGCUAAACCAUAUGUCAAUGGAAAGCUUAUUUAUUCAGCUUUCAGAUGUAUAAAUCUCAAUUUCAAAAAAUUGACCCUUAUGACUUGUUUUGUUGUCCAGGGUCACAUUUGAUGUUAUAUCCGAUUAUUUAAUACAUCGGAAUGAACAUAUUCGAUAAAUUAACUUGCAUAUUGCUGUAAAAUUCCACAAUGUAAAUUAAUAUUUUAAAUAAUUAUAUAAACUGAACACGUUAUAUUGCAGCCUUCUGCUAAAAUGCUUUAACUAUGGUGUUAGAAUAGUCUCAGAAUUAAUGUAUUUACAAAAUAUUAACAAAUGCCUUAGCUAAUUCACUUUCAUUAAAAAGCUCAUAUAUUUGCAAACAGCAAUUCACAGAUAUAGAACCUAUACUGUACACCGGACACUAGCGGCAAGACUCGACAAAAGACAAUAGAACCCAUUAUAAUCAGUGAUGCUGUCUACACUGCACGUGGCAUCAUGUGACGAAACAAAUCCCCAACAGUAAACUGAUGCCCCAUUCUAUUUCUGACGUACUUCAAGAGCUUGUGCUACUUUUGACAAGAAGGACAAAUUCAUUUGCAAUGGUCAUACCCAUUGUGUAAUUCACAGAAAGAAAAAAAAAUGACCAAAUGCAAAACACAGAUCAUAAAUGCACAAGCACGAUUGCACAUUUCUGAACCUUUCCGCAUGUACUGACUUAUUGUUAAAUCUGCAUAUCGUCAUGUGUAUGAAUCGCCUUGUAUUCGUGUGUACAUUUUUAGACUUUUUUUGACGGCUCAAUUUGUAUGUGGGUCUAAUCUGAGCCGUAAAAAAAACACUUGUGACAACCUUUGAUCUCUGCCAGUUUAUGCAGUUUAUGUGGCUCCCAAUAGUUCCAAACAAAGCCGUACUUGUCUAUCUCUUUGAAUGUAUUUAAGUGGGACAACAGCAGCAGCGAUUUUCAGUCAAUAUUAAAGGGUUAGCUCACCCAAAAAUGAAUAAUCAAUUACUCACCCUCAUGUCUUUCCAAACCCGUGAGACUUUCGUUCAUCUUUGAAAAUCUGAGAGAUUUCUGUCCCUCCAUUGAUAGUCCACGCAACUACAAACUUUGUCGCUUCAAAAAGUUCAUAAAAAGAUGGUAAAACUAAUCCAUAUGAAUCGAGCAGUUUAGUUAAAUUUUCUGAAGAGACUCAAUUACUUUAUAUGGUUAACAGAUUUAAAAGAUAUAAUCACUGAUCAGCAAACAUAAACAGAAGCUCAACUGUACUUGCUUGAUGCAUGAGAAGAAACCUCAUUGGUUGUUGUGGAAGCCCAGACAUGCGGCCUAACAUAAGAAUGAAACUCAUUGGUUCUCGUGCAUCAAACGAACAUGUUUAAGCUUCUGUUUACCAUAUCUGAUGUGUGUGUUGAGAAAUGUUUAUAUGUGAAUAAAAGCCUAAAUUAAAUGAUCAUCACGUUUAUAUGAAAAACUUUCUUCAGAAAAUUUGUACUAAACCGCUCAAUUCUUGCUAUUCGCGCGUAGUUGGACGCUUGAACAUUUUGAGUUUACUCGCUUCAUUCGCGCGUGAAAUUCACUUCACAACAGACGCGAAUUCGCGUCAUGAGAGGGGCUUCUGCCAGGCGGCUCGUCUCGUUUCUGCACACUUCCUCUGAAUAAACACAUCAACUCGUCAGUGGGAAAGUAGUUGUAAAAUACGGCGAAUAAGCUCAAUUUGCCGGCUUUAGCUAGCUUGUAGUCUCAAUAUGUGUAUAUAUAGCUCAAAUUGAGUAAAGAACGUUUUUUACAACUUACCAGAUUGUCCGACCUCCUCACUCACUUUCUUCCAAGCAAGAUCCUUUUUAUUCCUGUUUCUAAAAAAGUACAAAGAUGUAUCGUACAGCGAGAAUGAUUUUGUUCUCCAUGUUGUUUCGGAUUUCUGCUUCGGAUUGGUUAAGGUGGUGCGAAUUUUCGGCAAAGUUCAGAUUUUUCAACUCGCGCAAAUCACGCGUUACGCGCGUCAAACGCCCAAAACGCUCUAUUCGCGCGAAUUGCGUCAUUCGCGCCGCCUCAUUCGUGUGAAUCGUGCCACAGGAUGUCUAUUCACGUCUUUGCAUUGACUUAACAUGUAAAUCACUCGCGCUUAACGCUUCAUUCGCGUCUGGUGUGAACGCACCAUUACAGGUUUGGAACGACACAAGGGUGAGUAAAUGAUGACAGAAUUUUCAUUUUUGAGUGAACUAAACCUUUAACGCGUACAUCAGGGGUGGGCAAACUCGGUCCUGGAGGGCCGCUGUCCCUGCAGAGUUUUGCUCCAACCCUAAUCAAACACACCUGAACCAGCUAAUCAAGGUCUUAAGGAUUACACGCAGGUGAGUUUUAUCAGCGUUGAAGUUAACUCUGUAGGACAGUGGCCCUCCAGGACCGAGUUUGCCCACCCCUGGCGUACAUUGAUUCCAUUUACUAGGGGUGUCCAGUCCUGCUCCUGGAGGGCCACUGUCUUGUAGAGUUCAGCUCUAACCCCAAUUAAACACAGUGAACCAGCAAAUCAAGGUCUAAUAGGCAUACUAGAAACUUUCAGGCAGGUGUGUUGAGGCAACCUGGAGCCAAACUCUGCAGGACAGUGGCCCUCCAGGAUGGAGUCUGGACACCCCUGAUUUAUAGAGUAAGUAUUAUAUAUUGUUUUUUUUUUUCCCCUGGGGAUUGAUGAAGAUGGUGUUUAUCAGUUGUUCUGUUUCAUUUUGGAGAGAACACUGUACAAACAAAUAUUUUGGCUCAAAACAAAAGCAACAAUUUGCAUUCAUCUUUUUAAGUUAUGGAUGAAAUUGUUCAACCAACAAAUUACACAGAGUUAGAGGAACUUAAUUUGUAGCAUAAACACAAAUUUGUAAGUUGAUUACUCCAAAAAAAUGUAAUUGUUCCAGUUUAAAUUCAGUGUAAUUGAGUAGUGGCCCUGGCUCUGGAGUUUAGCUCCAUCCCUGAUCAAACUUGCCUGCCUGUAACUUUUUAGUAAUCCUGAAGAUUAGCCUUUUCAAGUGUUUUUGAUUAGGUUUGGAGCUAAAUUCUACAGGAGAGUGGAUCUCAGGGGCCAGAGUGGGCCACCCCUGGUGUAGUGAACCAGACGAGUCAUCUGCCCUAUGGCCAUCUACAACUCCCCCUCCCACCAAAUGCUGGCAUGACGUAUCACAAUGUUCAACCAGAAGAAACCAACUGAAAUAUUCUGAAUGGUCAAUCUACAAUCUGACCUGUAAUGCAGCCUGGAAUCAUAAUAACACAAUGUUGGUUCAUUUGAUUAGAGUUUGGUUCCUUGACACUGCCACCUUUGGAUUGCUUGGUUGGGGACACUUAAUAUUCAGUAAUAUUAUUGAUUUGACUGCACUGACACAAAAUUUGAACUGAACUGAGCUGGAUGAUAACACUACUGUUUUCUGCAGAACUGCUUUAUAGCUAAUUCGACUCUGUUUCAUAAUUCAUGUUUCUUGCAGCAUCGCCAGUGUUAUUGAACUGAACUAAAUCUACACUGAACUGACUAAUGACACUAUUGUCUUUUUUAGAGCUGCUUUUACAGCAGAAUUUAAUUUUGUUUGCAUCGUUGAAUAUUUUAUUUUCCUGUUUAUCACUGUAAAGUUGAUUUGAAAUAAUCUGUAUUGUAUAAAGCACUAAAUAAAGUUGACUUGACUAGUGUA